AUGUCGUUGCAUGGAAUGGCAUGGGCUGUCAGGCCUUGUCGUUGCCACCCCUACACUGGUGCCACACAGGCCUGCUGGGCCGCCGGUUCCGAUCGGUUGUGGGGCCCAUUGAACAGAAAGGAGGUUAAGAACAACCCCGAUAUAGUUUUGGCAGUGCAUCGUAUGUUUUCGUUUUCGUUCCUUUCCGCCUAG